CGUCCGCGCCAGCUUCGGUCACCUCCAAUCCACCGAGGGGGCACGCAACUCGCAAAACUAGGUACAUACCUACCAGACAACACAGGUUCAAGGCGCCAAAAAGCACUCGCCCCUAAUAACUGUCCCCCAAUUCCUAAACAUCGACUGGGUCCACGGAAGAACGCACCUCCAUCAUUUUUCAUUUUUUUUUUAUUUUUUUUUUCCACCAGCACCGUGUCCAUCCGCCGGUCAAGGUCCCUUGUCCCUGAUCCUCUGCCUUAAGACGGUACCCUGAACUCGACCACAGUCUCGACCGUUUUCGACUCGUUCAACCCUCUGGACCUUCUCUGAGACGUCGAGCCCCGAAUCCUCCAGCGACACCGGUCACAGCCUGAGAUGGUCCGUACGCCCAUCGCCUGUCUGGUCGUUCUCUCGCGCUGAGCUUCAACAACCGUCCCCCAUAUCGCAUCUCCAGCACGCCUGGCUUGGCCGUCUGCCAUAGCUCUUUCGACUACUGUACCGCCUUCUGUUUCAUCCGCUGCGUGAACCGUUUGAGUCCCCCGCCGCCUGGGUGCAUUACGUCGCGAAGCAGCCGCGGUUCGACCACCUGAACGCUCGACCCAGAGCAUAUGCUACGUGACCUUGGGAAAAGUGGAAACAACUGUUGGCUCGGACCAGGAGACCGCAUCACGUCGUGUGGAGAUGAGAAGAGGAGCAGAGCGUGACCAGUCCAUCAAACUGUGCUCUUGCUUGGGAGAAACUCGUGCCUACUAAAUUGGACUGUUCUUGAUUCUCGGUCGCAGUUCUUAUCGGCCGCUGUUAUCGGAUCGGACUGCUUGGGCAUUCGCUUGUCUAGACCUCGUGUCCCGACCCACGCUGAACCACAACAAUCAUGCCGCCUCCCGAGGGUGACUCGGCCUCUGUGCAGGCUGGUAAUAACUCCAGCGACUUUGUGCGCAAGCUAUAUAAGAUGCUCGAAGACCCCACGUAUAAUUCCGUAGUACGAUGGAGCGCCGACGGUGACAGUUUCGUUGUUCUAGAGAAUGAAAAAUUCACCAAAACCAUCUUACCCAAACACUUCAAGCACAGCAAUUUCGCAAGCUUCGUGCGGCAGUUGAACAAAUACGAUUUUCACAAAGUGAGGCACAAUGAAGAAAGUGGCGAAGCGCCAUACGGAAGAGAUGCAUGGGAAUUUCGACAUCCCGAGUUUCGUGCAGAUAGGAAAGAUAACCUAGAUAAUAUCCGCAGAAAAGCGCCCGCCCCGCGUAAGCCAGCGCAAGCUGAGGAUACCUUUGGCGCGUCGCAGCAGAUUGUCGUCCUAAGCGAAUCGCUUACUGCGACCCAACACCAGAUCCAGGCGUUGCAAGAACAGUAUUUCGAGCUGGCGCAGACGAACAAAGUGCUCGUCAACGAGGUCAUCAGCUUGCAGAAGAUGGUCAGGGCCCAGAGUCAAGUCUCCAACGAGUUGAUCACCCACCUCAGCAACAUCGAGGACCGUCGACGGAAUAGCAGACACUCGGCGCAUUCUAGCCACUCAAGUCAUUCAGGUCCGACCUUCCACGCAGGAUCCCUUGGGCUACUACCAGACGGUGCUGAUGAGCCGGCAGCCGAACUUAGACGAGCGCGCGAGAUACUCAAUGGCGUUUCCCCCGACUCCCAGGCCGACCGGGAACUCGAACGGUUAUCGGUCGCCUACCAUCAAAAUGGGUCUCCAUCGGAAUCGGCGACCUCGUCAGUCAUGUUCACCCAGAGCGGCCCUGGCCCCAUGCACAUGUUGCAUGACCCCCUCAACGACCCUAGACACAUGGUCUAUCCGGUAGGGCAGACAACAGGCAUCGAUCCAUUCCAUUCCGACCACAUCAACAACAUCCCUUAUACUCGUCCCUUGAGUAAUCCGAAUGCGAUGGCAGACUCUGCCCAGAUCACGCCUCCCCCAAAAGAUCAAGGCACCUCCAUGUGGAGCCACAAGCGGCCACGUAUCCUACUCGUCGAGGAUGACAAGACAUGCGCAAGGAUCGGUGCCAAAUUCCUACAUGUACUCGAAUGCUCGGUAGAUAUUGCUAAGGACGGGCUGGAAGCUGUCGAAAAGAUCAACAAUCCGGAGAAUAAUGAGGGCUUCGACCUCAUUUUCAUGGACAUUAUUAUGCCCAACCUGGAUGGCGUAUCGGCGACGGCGAUGAUCAGGAUGGUGACGGCAAGAGUACCCAUCAUUGCUAUGACGUCGAAUAUUCGACAAGAAGAUAUCCAGACCUACUUUCAGUAUGGUAUGAAUGAUGUGUUGGCAAAACCCUUUACGAAAGACAGCAUGAUCCGCGUUUUGAGGAAGCAUCUGGCAUACAUGCUCAAAGACCCGCUCCAAGGCGGCCUUAACGCGGAUGAUACAGGACAGACAGUCGGUGCCCCAGGACCGCCGGGCCAGAACCAACAAGCUUACAGCAACAACCAACAAGCGCAGGCCAACAUGAUGGCGGCGGCGGCGGCGAUGGCAAACUCUUCGAUGGGCAGCAGCGCACAGGUCAAGUUUGAACAGACGCCGAUACCUUCGCCUGCCACCACGUCCUCAUGGCAUUCCCCAGGGCAGAUGAACCAGACGUCCCCCAACAUGGACGGUGGGGGAUACAUGAAUGCCGGAGGGAACGGGCCGGGAGGGAUGGUUCUGACGCCGGGGGGCACACAAAGACCGCCGCCGCCACCCUAUCAAAUGAUGAAUAACCAGGUGAACAACCAACUAGCAGGCGGAUCGGCGGGUUUCCAAGGCGGCGGCCAUAUACAGGCCUCCGAGGGCAUGGGAAUGGGUGGAUCAGAAGAGAAUCGGCCAGAAAAGCGCCAACGGUUAUACGGGCCUGGCGCGAACCACCAGAGGCCGUUUGUGCAAUAGAGAGUAACCGUCGACGAAGCGACGAUUUUGAUUGUAGAUCGAAGAGGGGAUAGCGAGCGACGAGAUCGGUAAAAGCACGGAUUGGAAGGAAUUACGCAUUCGGGGCGGCAGGGUCGGCUGGCGUCGAUUUUUUUUUUAUUCGUAGCUGAUUGUUUCGAUGUCGAUCUCGUGCCGUUGCAUGCUCGUCGACGAAGGCAAAGAGCUGCUCAAUUCCCGACUAGGUGUUGCCGCAGAGUUGGCUAACCUCUACUGCAAUUCGAAGCUUUAGAAACUCGUACCAAAGCCUGAUUCGUGUGUGCCGGCUGAUGUAAACUUUGUUCCUCUUUUUUUUUUCUCUUCUGGGGGGAUGGAUAUUUGGCGGUGUGUAGCGUGAUUGGUUAAGUAGAGAGGUAACGUGGUUGGCUCCUCAUUCCGCGCAUGUGGGUUAAGUCUGAAGUAGAUGUCGUUGCGUCCGGUCUGCAGUCCUUUCCACCUACUAGACUUGAGCAUUAACGGUAGGCGAGUGCUCUGUUCGAAUGGUUGCUGUCGAACUAG